AUGGCGCACAUCAUCAAGACAGAGCCAGACACCUGCGACGUGGACGUGGACAUGAACGGCUGUCCAGAGAUCAAGACGGAGCCAUCAUUCGGCGGCUAUGACGAGCACACCUACCCAGCCGACGAGAUCAAGCCAGAUGCCUCUGCCAUGGGUCAUUACUCCAAGAGCAAGGUCACUCCAAACGAUCAUCUCAAGACACCGACCUCGAUCCCAGCCGACCUGAACGGCACUUGCUUCCACCUGACCGGCUUCAUCGUCUGCAAGGACCGCUGCAUCAAAGUCCAACGCAUGCUCAUCGACUCCGGCGCAUCCUCAUCCUUCAUCACCGCCGCUGCCGUCAACGCCACCGGACUCGCCGUAUUCAAGUGCGAGCCCAAGAGCUUCUCGACUUGCAAUGGCUACACGCAGCGCGACAAAUUCGUCAUCUUCGACCUGUGCAUCGCAGGUGUGCGCAAGACCAUCAGCGCGUACGUCGACGAGGGCGCCUACGUCCAUAAGGAUGAGAUCAUCAUCGGCGCCGAAGCAACGACGAAGUUUAGUAUGCAUUGCAACACCAACUUCGGCAAGAAGCACGAGACACGUUGGUCAAUCAAGGCCGAUGUCAAGAGCCGCCCUCGAACGCGGUACGUUCUGCAGAAGGCCUCUCGCCCCAGCGGAUCUCCGUUGCACACGUAUAGUCUCAAGGAUGGUCUGGACGUCGCCAUGUCCCCGGGCGAGACGAGCAAGCAGCGUGAUGCGCGUGACAAGUGGGAGCGCAAGCUGGCAGCCAGCAAGAAGGCGGAGGCGAAGUACUGGGAGGCUCGGCGCAAGAAAAUCUGA